AUGAGCGGAUUCGGUGUCUUCAUAGCGCCUGCAACCGGAAUUUUGUUGGCAGACUAUCACGCCGUUCGAAAAUACAAGCUCAAGCUCAAAGACCUAUACGUGGGCGACGCAUCUUCCAUCUACUGGUUCAAUCAUGGCUGCAACUGGCGAGCCUUUGCAGCAUUUGUCGCCGGCGUGUGGCCGCUCCUGCCGGGCCUAGUCGGAACCGUCAACGCAGACGCAUCCGCAUCUUUCGCCGGGUGGAUUCGUCUUUAUAACUUAACCUUUCUCGUCGGCCUCUUUAUCAGUUUUGCUGUCUUCUGGUUGCUUAAUCUCGUGUUCCCCGUUCCAGGGCUUGGCGAAGAAGGGCCUUUUCAAGCAAACGGGUCCAGAUAUGAGGUCGCGGACCCCGAGUCUCCAGUUGAGGUAGAGAAUAAGCAUUUGUAG